AUGGCGCCGACCCCAGACGACCUCUCGUCGGCAGGGUCCGUCUCCUACGAUUCCGAGACCAUGACGGUGGGAGACGGAACCUGGGACUUUUCCAAGAAUACCUUUUUACUGCCCAACCUCCAGGGCGUCAACUUUGACACCAUGCGUUACAAUGGCAUGGGAAAUCGAUUCUCUACUCUCACGCAAUACCACAAGAUCAUCCUCGGCCACGCCAUCCUCGCCGCCAUCGUCUUCCUCCUCCUCGCCCCGAGCGCCAUCAUGGUCCUCCGCUUCUACACCGGCCGACCCGGCUACGCUCUUCGAUACCACGCCCGCAUUCAGACCGUCGGGCUCAUCCUGCUCACGGCCUCCUUCAUCCUCGGAAACAUUGCCGUCGGGCCCGCCCGCAGCCUGACGAACCCGCACCACGGCAUCGGCGUCGCCCUGUACGUCCUGUACACCGUGCAGUUCUUCGCCAGCCGCCUCGUCUUCCGCAUCCAAAAGGCCCACUCGCUGCGCGUCACGCUGCACCAGUGGAUCGGCCGCGGGAUGGCCCUGCUGGGCAUGGCCCAGGUUCCCCUCGGUCUCACCCUCUACGGCUGCCGCGAGUACCUCUUCAUCCUGUACGCCGUGUGGAUGGCCCUGCUGGUCGUCGUCUACUUCGUCCUCGACUUCCGCGCCGGCACCCGCCGUGAGCUGCUCCUGUCUGGCCCGCCACGCUCCGAAGCUGGCCACACCCGUGUCUCCGACUCCGAGUACUUUUCCGAGAGGCCCGAGCGUGAGCACGGCAGCAGGUGGAAGUGGCUGGGUCCCCUGGCCGGCGCCGGCGCCGUCUGGAUGCUCCUCCGCGGCGGACGCAGGAACAAGGACAAGGACGCCGAUUCGUCCAGCUACCGCAGCCACUCGCCCUCGCACCGCAGCCGCAGCCGCAGCCGCAGUGACCGCCGCGGCUCGCCCAGCUACUACGACUCGGAAAAGUACACGGAGAUGUCCACGUCGCGCAGAGAGAAGGGCGGCGGCGGCGGCGGCGGCGGCGGCAUGAUGAAGCUUCUCGGCGGUGCCGCCGCUGCCUUUGGCGCCGGCAAGCUCUUCUCCAACUACAUGGACCGCCGGAGAGGCCAGCGCGAUGACGAGGAGUACUCGGCCGUGUCGACCGAGACCCCCCGCCGCCACCGCUCCGGCCGUUCUGCCGGACAGAGCAUGCUAACCAGCGACUACGACUCUGAGCUGGCCAGCGACGUGCGAGGCGAUCCCACCAGGACGUCUCUCCUCUCCGAGUCCAUCCCCCCCUCGGCCAUGGCCGGGGCCAUCAGCGCCGCGACCCCCCGGCCGAAGGCGUCUCGCCCGCCGCCAGCCCGGUUCAACCGCGGCCGCCGUAACAGCUUCGAAGAGUCAGAGUACGUGUCGUACGUCAGCCCGUCCAGCCGUCCUGUGGACGACUACGACGACGAGAGCCACCACCACCACGCCGGUGCCAAGUCUGCAGGUGGCGUGCUCGGCGGCAUCGGCCUCGGCUGGCUCAGCAAGAAGUGGAUGGACAGACGAUCCAGGAAGGAUGAGGAGAGACGCCUCCAGGAGGAGGAGGACAUGCGCUCGGGAGUCUCUGGCUCACGUUUCACGGGUGACGGGUAUCCGUCCCCAACGAGGCGUCCCUCCAAGCGGCCGAGCGCUAGGCCCACCUCUUCACGACCGACUCAGAGCGCACCCACCGACAUGACCGAAUCUUCGUACCUGGAUGACGAGACGGCAGGCCCCAGCUACGUCGGCCCUCGGCCCACGGGGCCGGUCCCCCUACCGGGUGGGCGCCGGGACCGGUCACGCUCGAGACGCCGCCACGAGCCCGUCUCCAUGCCUGCCAUGCCUCCAGAUCCCGACCUGCAGUCUGACAUGGGGAGCUCCUACGUCACAGAGGCCCGUCCGCAGAGGCGCGACUCGUCCAGGCGGCGCAGGGCGGGAGAGAGAGCGACGGCGGCCGCGGCCGCACGGGCGUCCGAGCUGGCCGCCGAUCAGGAGCGCGAGAGGGAACGCUUCGGCUCGCCGCACAGCAGCCGCCCCCUCAGCGUGACGCUCAAGAUGCACGACGACCGGGACAGGAACGUGACGCUGCGCCGCCUGACGGACGAGGAGGCACGUGCCGCCCGCGGACCGCGGGGACGCAGCCGCGCCGACUCGGACGGUAGCAUCUCGGGCAUGGACUCGCCCAGCUACGGGCGCAGCCGGUACAGGCGACAGGCGUCCAGAGCAGGCAGUCGGCAGACGUCGAGGCCGGGUAGCCGACAGACGUCACGGGCGGUCAGCCGCCAGCGGUCAGAGAUGGCGUCCGAGAGCAGGGUGGAGAGCAGGCCGCCCAGCAGCAGGCCGCCCAGCAGCAGGAGGCCGCGCGACCGCGGCGACGACGACGACGACGACGACGACGACGACGAAGACGACGAAGACGACGAAGACGACGACGACGAGGGUCAGCAGUCAACCAUCGGGCCCCUGUCGCCGCCGAACCCUGCAUCGGCCAAGCCUGGCAGCGGUGGUCGUCGAGCAGGCGGCAAGGACUCGGCCUACUACUCCGGAAACCCUGCAGCGGCAGCAGGGCCGUCGGAGACGUCGGCGCCGCUCGUCCCCUCGGCGGCCGGCGCCGAUCAGACCGUCUCCAGCCUGGCCAGCCACGACGAGAGCCACGGGACGUGGAGCCAGAUGACUCCCUCGCUUGGCGGUGACGGCGGUGACCAGACGGCUCCUGGAUCGGCAGCGGAUAACAGGAGAAGACGGAGGCUUGAGAGGAGGAGGGGGAGCAGCAGUCGACCUACCACAGCGACGGACAUGUUUGACUAG